AUGUUCCAAUCCAAGCCGAUCCUUAGCCAGGACAUCUGGCGCAGCGACCGUGACAUUGUGGCGUCUACUUCCAGACGAGAUGUAGCCCUGCAUUACGAGCGGGCAAGGUCGAUAUUCCGUCAUAGUGGUACGACACUUUGUUCCUUCGUCAAAGGGCGACCCGACCUACAAGACUUGGUUGAUAAGCUCCUGAACUUUGAUAUCUGCGGUGGAUUUAUGCUGACCGAAGCCGAUCAUGGUUUGGACGCUCGUAACUUGGAAACGACGGCCACACUACUGCCUGAUGGCUCCUACGAUCUACAUACCCCCCACGUAGGAGCUUCAAAGGCAAUGCCUCUGACAACGCCCUACUGUGGCAUGCCUCGCAUAGCUAUAGUAUUUGCUCGCCUCUUAGUUGACGGGAAAAGCCAUGGCGUGAAGCCCUUCCUCGUUUGUCUCAGCGACGCUUGCGGAAUGCGGCCCGGGGUUACAUCACGUAUUCUGCCCACACGGCCGGGUACGAAACCGUUGGAUCACUCUCUGACGGCAUUUAACCAUGUCGAUUUGCCCUUCAGUGCUCUGCUCGGCUCAUCCUCAGAACCGGAAAACGAUCGUCUUGAUUUUCUACGCCAGAUUUGGCGGGUGUCAGCUGGAACGUUGUCCCUCUCUAUAAUGGGCAUCUCCGCCAUCAAGGUUGGAACGCGUGUAGCUGCUGUCUACAUCGAGCGAAGGACGAUCACGGCACCCGAUGGACCUGUACCCGAAGAGAUCAUGAGCUUCAGCACCCAGCAGCGUCCAAUUGUCGAAGGAUGGGUGCAAGGCAAGGUCUUGCAUGCAUUCGCUCGUUGGACCAUAGGGAUGUGCCCUAAUCUUAGCGAUGCGACGCAGCACGCGCUUGCCACAAUUUUCAAGGCGACAGUAAUGAAAGCCUCCCAAAUCUUGAGACCCCUCACCGAAAGGUGCGGGUGGCAGGGCCUCUGUGCAUAUAAUCAAAUAAGCGAGCUAGAUUUAACAUUCCAGGGAAUCUCGAUUGCCGAAGGAGACACACUACUGUUGUGUAUUCAUUUCAUGUCAGAGCUCCUGGGAGAGAAACUGGGGCUCCCACAAGCGCGCAACAGAUUGUCACGCUUGGCGCAACGCGAGGACAAGUUAAUGCUAGAUAUGAAAUCACGACUCGAAAUGAUCGGGGGGUAUAAGGAACAUCGCGGUCCCGCCUUCGAUCGUCACAUUCUCCCUCGAUGUCGAUUACUGGCUGAAGCGAUUGGAAAUCGCAUGGCUUAUGAGGCCGCCGAAACCUCGGGGCUCUCACCAGAUGUGCUCACAUUGUAUGAGGGCAUCUGCAUGUGCGAGGAUCUAAACCAUUUGCCGUACAAUAAUGUCUUGGCCCAGAUCAGAUCGGAAUCUGCUUCUCGGUCUGACUUGGAUGAUUAUGUGACGGCACCUAUCAUGUCUGAAGAAUCGUGGGGGUCUUUCACGAACAGUUUACAUGCAUUCAAGCACCCGCACGAUGUCGCGAUCCCUUGUUCGAAAUUAUAA